AUGUCGGCCGGCAAUGAAGAAAAUGUUUCGGUUCGUGAGUCCAGCGCUAAUGCUGCUCCAUCAACUUCUGCUGUUGGCAUUCCUAUAAAUGCAGCCAAUGGUGUUAGUGUGGGAGAUGCACCAAUAACAAAUGGCAUUGAUCCUGAUCCUCCUGUUACUGCUGCGAAUAACGUCGUGCGGGGCAACGUGAGCAGAUCUGUUCCUCACACUGGAAUACGAUAUGGGUUGGUUCCCGUACUAACGAAUCAGGUUCGCGCUAAUAGUGCACGCGGUUCUAUACAAAUAGCAAUGACAAAUGGCAUUGAUUCUGUCGCACCACCUGGCAGGCACACAACUUUUAAUGCCCUAACUCGUGAUUUCAAUGUUCUUAUUAAUACCGCUACUACCAAUUCUAGAAUUGCAACUGAAGCCGACACCGGCACCGAUUCCUAUGAAUCAGAUUCAGAUACAACAGCAUAAACUCUUGCCUGUGUCUGACUUGCAGAACUUACAUCUUUAAUGAG